AUGAAGGUACAUUUGUUUGGUGCCACCUCUUCUCCUGGGUGCUCAACCUAUGGCUUCAGACAGAUGGCGUUAGAUUCUCAGGCCGAGUUUGGAGAUGGUGUUACCAAUUUCUUGCUACACAACUUCUAUGUUGAUGAUGGAUUGAUAUCCCUUCCUUCAGUUGAUGAAGCCAGGAACUUAGUUGUUAGUAGUAUGAAGGCAUGCAAAAAUAGUGGUUUGCACCUUCACAAGUUCACUUCCAAUAGGAAGGAAGUACUUGAUGUUGUUGAGAAGGAUGAUAGGGCAGUAGAGGUCCAGAAUAUAAACCUAGACAAAUCUGUUAUCGAACGUGUUCUAGGUGGCCAGUGGUGUAUUCUAUCAGACGCGUUUAAAUUUAGGAUAGUGGUGUCUGAUAAGCCUUACACGAGAAGAGGGAUUUUGUCCACGGUUAAUUCCGUUUUUGACCCCUUGGGAUUUUUGGCUCCAUUCAUCCUGGUAGGGAAGCUUAUCCUACAGGAAUUAUGCAAAGAAAACACUGAUUGGGACGCACCCCUAUCAGAUCACCUGAGGCCCAUGUGGGAAAGAUGGAGAGCUAGUCUCCCACUAUUAGUAGAUCUCAGUGUAGCUAGAUGUUUUAAACCUGACAACUUUGGUCUUGUAAAAUCUGCUGCACUGCAUCAUUUUUCCGAUGCAAGUGAGAAAGCCUAUGGGCAAUGUUCUUAUCUCCAAUUGAUUGAUGAAAAUAACUCUGUGCACUGCACGCUUGUCUGUGGGAAAAGUCGGGUGGCUCCUCUCAAGGUUUUGUCAAUUCCUCGCAUGGAGUUAUUGGCUGCAACAUUGUCAGUUCAGGUGAGUUCAGUUCUGACAAAGGAACUAGACAUUCAGGACAUACAGCACUUUUUUUGGACCGAUAGUAAAGUUGUCUUGGGCUACUUAGCCAAUGAAGCUCGCAGAUUUAAGGUUUAUGUUGCAAAAUGUGUCCAAUACAUCCAAAAUCAGUCAGAGAUUUCUCAGUGGAAAUAUGUUGCCUCGACAGACAACCCUGCAGAUCAUGCAUCCAGGGGAUUGCUUGCCUCUGACCUGGUUCAAAACAGCUUGUGGUUUUCAGGCCCUGCAUUUCUUAGAGACCCUGAGUGUAACCAAGAUUCUCACAGUCCAAAAGUUGUAGAUGAAAAUGAUCCUGAGGUUCGCUCAAAGAAUGUUGCAUUUGCUACUACUCACACAAAUGAUGCCCAUGCUGAAUUUGAUUUGAAUAGGUUCAGCCAUGUGUCUAGUUGGGAUAGACUUCUCAAGACAGUAGCUUUGUGUCUGAGGUUCAAAGAGAUAUUGCUCUCUAAAGUCAGGAAGAGAACCCUCAAAUCAAUUUCUGGACCACUGACAGUUGACAAUUUACAAGAGGCUGAGAGCUGUGUUGUCAAAUUAGUCCAAAGAGUCUCAUUUAGACUUGAUUAUGAAGCUUUACGUCGUAUGAAAUGUGCCCCUCGGUCUUCUAGAGACAAGAAGUCAAAUCACCAGCUCCCUAGAUCAAGUAUAAUACAUCGUUUAGAUCCAUAUAUGGAUGACGCAGGCAUAGUCAGGGUAGGUGGUAGGAUGCCAAUUGCCUCGGGUAUUGUAGCCCAUCCUGCUAUUAUUCCUAGAAAAGGUCACAUCACCUCACUCAUAGUGAGACAUUUUCACAGUGUGACUGGACAUCAGGGUCGUGGAAUGACCACAAAUGCCAUUAGAUCACAUGGACUAUGGAUACUUGGUUGUAGCUCUGCUGUUUCCCAGCAGAUAUAUCAAUGUGUCCAUUGUAGGAGAACACGUGGAGCUGUGCAAGAGCAGAAGAUGUCAGAUCUGCCAUCAGACCGUGUUCAACCAUUUCCUCCUUUUACCUAUGGUGCUGUCGAUUAUUUUGGCCCUGUUUUUGAUCAAGGAAGGUAG